AUUCAUCCAAACCUAACAUACGUACAUUCUAUCCAAAGCUAAGCAAUAUUAUGUCGUCUUCAUCUUCUUCGUCCUCUCCAACCAACCACCGUCCAUGUCCAUCUUUUCUCGAUGACUCAGAACUUCCACUAAGAGAAAUCCCCGGCAACUAUGGCUUACCGUUCUUGGGUCCUAUAAGAGACCGUCUCGACUACUACUAUAACCAAGGCCAAGACGAGUUCCUCCGCACUCGCAUGCAAAAAUACCAAUCCACCAUUUUCAGAACCAACAUGCCACCCGGUCCUUUCAUGGCCUCCAAUCCCAAAGUCGUCGCCGUCCUCGACGCACUCAGCUUCCCCGUCCUCUUCGACACCUCCAAAGUCGAAAAACGGAACGUCCUCGACGGCACCUACAUGCCCUCCACCUCCCUCACCGGCGGCUACCGCGUCUGCGCCUUCCUCGACCCCUCCGAGCCCAACCACACCACUCUCAAAUCCUUCUUCCUGUCUUUCCUAGCGGCCAAGCACCAAAAAUUCAUCCCAACGUUCCGAACCGCCAUGUCAGACCUCUUCACCAGCCUCGAGGACGAACUCUCCGAUAAUGGCAAAGCAGACUUCAAUACCCUCAGUGACAACAUGUCAUUUAACUUUGUGCUAAACUUGUUGUUUGAUUCUAACAUCUCUAAUUCUAACAUUUCCGAAGCCAAAAUCCGAGAAAACGGAUCAAAACUCAUGACCAAGUGGUUGUUUUUUCAGUUAGCUCCUCUGAUGACACUAGGGUUGAAGUAUGUUCCGAACUUUCUAGAAGAUCUUCUGCUACACACAUGUCCAUUGCCACCUUUUCUCGUAAAAUCCGACUACCGGAAGCUUUACCAGGCGUUCUACACGUCGGCGAGUUCGGUUUUGGACGAGGCUGAGAGGCGUGGGAUGAAGCGUGAUGAAGCUUGCCAUAACCUAGUGUUUCUUGCGGGGUUCAAUGCUUAUGGUGGCAUGAAGGUUCUGUUUCCGGCUUUGAUCAAGUGGGUGGGAUCAGCAGGAGAAAGUUUGCACCGGCGGUUAGCCGAUGAAAUCAGGGCCGUCGUUAAGUCCGAAGGCGGGGUCACACUAUCAGCAUUAGACAAGAUGAGUUUGACAAAGUCAGUUGUGUAUGAAGCAUUGAGGAUUGAGCCUCCGGUUCCGUUCCAGUACGGUAAGGCCAAGGAGAAUAUGGUGGUCCGCAGCCAUGAUGCCAAGUUUGUGGUCAAGAAAGGUGAGAUGAUCUUUGGAUAUCAGCCGUUCGCUACCAAGGAUCCUAGGGUUUUUGAAAAACCAGAGGAGUUUGUGGGGGAUAGGUUUGUUGGUGACGGAGAGAAAUUGCUGAAGUAUGUGUACUGGUCAAACGGACGUGAGUCUGAUGAUCCAACGGCUGAGAACAAACAGUGUCCGGCGAAAGAUCUGGUGGUGCUCAUGUCCAGGGUAAUGUUGACGGAGUUUUUCCUCCGGUAUGAUACGUUCACGGUUGAGGUCGGAAAGCUCUUGUUGGGUUCAUCUGUGACAAUCAAGUCAUUGACCAAAGCCACAUGAUGAUCAUGAUCAUGAUCAUGAUCAACUUGACUCUACCUUUAUGUUUUUGAAAUCAAGUCGUUAACCAAAGUCACAUGAAUGCAUUUACGAUCAUAAUAAACUAUAUUUGUUCAGGCUCAAGUUGUUUGCAACUAGGUUGAUGAUGAAUAUUUCAGCUUUCUUGGUCGUGUUGUAUAUCUGUUAGAGGUGAUAGGGAGUGUAGAUUUGUCCUAGUCUUUUAAUUAUUUGUAUUUGCAUUAUGAAGAAAUGUUUAAUGCAUUUCAACUUCGUAUUUGAGCUUGAAUUCUUAUUGUAUGAUUGUAUUAUA